CUUUCGAUUCCCCGCCGACCCUUUGCGGCUCGGCGGCAACCCCAAACUUGGGGGUGAAUGGCGGGCGCAGCGGCGUUAAGCGGGACACCUGAGGGGCUCGGCCCGGGGGACCCUGAGGAAGCGCACUGCCGGCGCUGCCGCGAGCACGGCGACCGCGUGGCCGAGCUCUUCUGCCGCCGUUGCCGCCGCUGCGUGUGCGCGCUUUGCCCGGUGCUGGGCGCGCACCGCGGCCACCCGGUCUGCCUGGUGCUGGAGGAAGCGGCGCGCGUGCAGAACCUCACCCAAGAAUGUUUAAUGCAGUUGGCAUCCAAGAAGCAGCAGCAAGUUGGCAACAUAACCCAGAUAGAAGACGCUGCUGAGAAGCUCAAGGCUCAUGCAGAGUCAAGUAAAACCUGGCUGACAGGGAAAUUCACUGAACUCAGAUUGCUACUUGAUGAAGAAGAAGCUCUGGCCAAGAAAUUUAUUGAUAAAAACACACAGCUUGCCCUCCAGGUGUACAGAGAGCAAAUCGAGUCCUGUGGGGAGCAAAUCAAUGUCAUGAACAGUCUCUCCGACAAAGUCUGGAGUAUCAGCCAGGAACGCAAUCCUAUACAGCUCCUGCAGGAAUACCUGGCUGCUGAGCAGCAGAUACAGCAGCAGCUGAGCCUGGGGGAGCUGUGCCACCCCAUGCCACUCUCCUUCGAGCCUGUCAAGAGCUUGUUUAAGGGCCUUGUGGAUGCCAUGCAGAGCCUCCUACAGACGCCACUGGAUGUCCGCCUUAAGGAAGACAUGAACUGCCAGCUCUCCGGCUCUUCCAGUGCCAAGCCAGGUUCCUUGUUGAAAACAAGCCCCUCGCCACAGCGAUCGCUCUUCUUGAAAUACGCGCGCACGCCCACGCUGGAGCCGGACACAAUGCACGCGCGCCUGCGCCUCUCCGCAGACCGCCUGACCGUGCGCUGCGGUCUCUUCGGCCGCCUGGGGCCUACGCCUACGCUGUGUUUCGACUCGCUGUGGCAAGUGCUGGGCCGCGACUGCUUCGCCGCCGGCCGCCACUACUGGGAAGUGGAUGUACAGGAGGCGGGCAUCGGCUGGUGGGUGGGCGCGGCCUACGGCUCCCUGCGGCGCCGCGGGGCCUCGGCUGCCGCCCGCCUGGGCUGCAACCGCCAGUCCUGGUGCCUCAAACGCUAUGACCUUGAGUACUGGGCUUUCCACGACGGGCAGCGCAGCCGCCUGCGGCUCCGCGACGAUCCCGACAGGCUCGGCGUCUUCCUGGACUACGAGGCCGGCGUCCUCGCUUUCUACGACGUGUCGGGCGGCAUGAGCCACCUGCACACCUUCCGUGCUGCUUUCCAGGAGCCGCUCUACCCGGCCCUGCGGCUCUGGGAAGGGGCCAUCAGCAUCCCCCGACUGCCCUAAAGGCCCAGACCUGCUUGACCUGCGUGCGUGCCUCUCCGAGGCUCUGGUCUCACAGGAUCCAGACGUGGCUAGUCUACUUCCUCUCUACGCAUUCCUCUCCCCCACCAGUCAUGUCCUGUGCUUUGAACAGUUCCUCUCCAAGAUGAGUUCGUUUCAAACAAGCCCUAAACACAUGUCCUCUGCUGCUGCUCUCUCACCCAACCUCCCCUGGUCGUAUAACCAGGGCACUUAUACUACACUGCUUUUAGUCCAGGUUCCCGAAGGGACACACCCAUAGUUGAGACCUAAUCAUCCUGACCAUGUCAGAAUACAUUAUGCUCAGCCUCAGAUCAUUCUCCCCCCUACAGCACCCAGAACGCCUGGCACAUGGUAGGCACACAAUAAAUGUGUGAAUGAAUGAGAGUCGCUAAGACUCUUCUAUCCCUUAACCUCAGUUGGAUCGGCUUCCUCCUCUUUAUUCUACUUCAGCCUGUCCAUGUCACCUCCCUUAGGAGCAGCUGCAAGGGCUUAACACCUGGAGGUCUGAACACCUUUCCCUGUGCAUCCUCCACCCUACAGCCUGAGUGACUUGCCUGAAACCUCACUUAACCUCUUAGAACUAUCAAAAGAUUCCCAAGAUCUAUAGGGGAGAAAAAAAAGCACUUUACCUUAGCAUUCAAGGCUUUUCUAGUCCGCCCCAAACUACUUAUCCUCACCUAGCUCCGACUGCUCUUCUCAGAGACCCUCCAGUCAGAACUGUGUGUCACAUAGUUCCACCUCUACACCCUUGCGCCAUCACACAAACAUAGAGGAAAGCCUUUUCUUCCUUUUGCCUGUCUUCCCUGGGCUUAAGUGCCCCAAGACUUCUCCCCAGGCCACAAGAAUCUCUCUGUGAGGUCCACAGUCUAGGACCUGUCUUUCCAAUUACUUGGGAAGAUUUCUAAGGGCAGCUGUGUCCUAUACCUUUCCCUCCCUGAAAAGUUCAGAAAGUCCCUUUCCUCCUGGGCAGUGCAUGAAGGACUACCAGUUGGCUAUCGUUGAGUCAUGAAACAGCUGAACUGGGAAGGCCUCACAGAUCACCCAGUCUGACCUCACUGUACUUUUGGGGAGAAUAGGAUCCUAAAAGAAAGUUGCUUAGAGUCACCCAUGGUGAUUAAGGGCUGGACCAUCCACCCCACCUACCCCAGCCUCCAGGCAUGUGUCUCACUUGCCUCCCUGGCCUGGCCCUUGAGGCCCAGCUUACAAUCUGGGAGAUGUUACUGCUUAUUCAUUUCUCAGGGGAUGUUGGGAAGAAAUCAGCAGGUGACUGUUGCUAAGCAACCAUGGGCAGUUUUCCCAACUGUUUUGGAAUCAAAAGGAGAAGGAACUAUGAGUGGGGUUUGGGCAGCCCAGGCAUCAUUAUGCUCCUCAGAGUCCGAUGUUGCCAAGGAAACACAGAGAGCCUUGCUUUCCAUACAAUAGAGAAAUGGAGAAGGCCAAAUCAGCAGGACCUCCCAGGGAGGUCAGCUCCUCCAGUAGGGAAGUUAAGGCCUCUUUCCAGGGUCUGUGCCUCAGUUCUGAAGGUUGAGCAUCCUGUUUGUCAAAUUCUUUAGGUGGUUUGGGGGUUAUACCAUGUUAAACUAUCUUAGGUAUGAGGGCAGUGGGUAGGAUAAGGAAAUGCAAAGCUGAAUCUCCCUCAGCAUUGAAACAGACUUGGUGCAAUAAUUAGUUUGAACCAUAUAAAACUGCCAAUUUCCAGUAGUUUUGGACCUCAAAAUGGCAUUUUCAUAUGGUGCAGUGUAAUAUAAGUAGAAUGCAAGGCGGAAGUGGCUUUAGUUCUACCCAAGUCAUCUGAAACUCGAGCUUGGAGAGAUGUCUAAGUACUAUGCUCCAGCUUUACUGAGAAAAGGGAAAUUCUCCUGGGGGUGGCCCGGUGCUGAAAUCUGACAGGCAUAAGCAUUCCUGACAGAGGAAGAUGGGCACACUUGACCCCACAUCUCUCUUCAUCCCUGCAAACCCAGACUUGUCCCCAGACCCACAGCCAUAGCAGCCAAGUAAAAAUACUUGCUGUUUCCUCAGGCACUGCUCUAAUGCUUUACAACUAUUAACUCAUUUGAUCCUUACAUCAUCCCUAGCAGGUAGAAAGUUAUUCCAUUGCACACAGAGCAAAAUUGAGACAGAGAGUAACUUGCCCAAGGUUACACAGCUAACGGUAGAGCUGGGGAUCUGUGCUUAUCCCUCUGUUCAGGUGAACAGGGCCAAGUCUCUAACCAGUGCCUACUUGCCCUGGCCUCUCUCUCACUAGGCCUGUGAUGCUUUGCUUUUGCCCGGUUACUCUACGGGACUUGAGUCUAUCUUUGGUGAUUAUCUUCCAUGGGCUCUGAGAGAGUGUAUUACACUCAGAGGCAGAUUUGAGAGUUUGGGAUUCAUGUAGCAAAGACAGAGCUGGACUACAAGGGAUGAACACUGGCUUUUGUCAAAAGGCCUGUGCUAGCCAGAAAACUGCAGUUUUGGUCCAUAAUUGUGACCUCAAGCUCGUCACUGUACUUCUCAUUUACAUCACCUAUAAAAUGGGGUUAAUGACCCUACCUACCAGUUCUGUGAGGCUCAAAUGAGCCAGGGGAUAAUGAGCUUGCCUUAAAAACUACCCUGCUGUACCACGGGAGGUCCUAUAAGCACUCGCAGCGGGGUCCUUGUUGGGCCUGACACGGUGCUGAGACAACUGCCAUUCCUAGCUGCCAUCUGGCAGUGGCAGGAGCUGUUCUCAGCACAGGCCUGAGCUUCCUUGGGGGUCCAUGUCUAUAAGGGGACUGACUACUUAUUCUCUUUCAGACUUGAGUCUAUAGAAACUUCUUGAUUGAUACAGAAGUUGCUGGCAAAUAUUUUUAAGUGACAGCAACUUUCCAAAACAUGGUUUAAUAAAAUACAAAUAGCUGUCCCUUUUAACCAUGUUCUUCAUUGGGAGUUCAUGCUGCUUCAAGUACACAGCACCUAGGCCUGGGCAGGGCCUUGCUCGUCUCCCAUCGCCUCCACAACUUUCUUGCCACAGUCCGCUGGUCCUUGAUUGAACAUCUCUAGUGAUGGGGGAGUUCACUAUUUCUGAAGAUAAUUCGCUUAAGUUCUUGCUUAUGUGGAAACAAAUCCUGUCUCCUAACUACUCUUGUCCAAGAUAGUAUUAUGUGGCUUCUGGCAACUUUUUAGCAACAUUGAAGCCAUCUGUGGUCACUGACUAAUUUUUUAGAGAUUUCAGGGAUCCUCCCUGGCCUACUGCACCAUCUCUUCUGUUUCUUCAAUUCCACUCUGUCAAGGAGCAGGGGACAGUGAUGAGAGCCUGGUGGAGGCACAGCCUAGCAGAGGGCACACAGGGGGUGGCCCUGCAGAGCCAGGGCUUGGUGAGCAGGAGUCUAUGCUAUGAGGAGGGGACAGCCGGCCCGAGAAGCCAAGCUGCAUAGGAGUAGGGGGCCCAAGGUUGAGUCCACCAUGUCCCUCUCUGAAGCGUUCCUGGGCCUAUAAAAUACAGUCCAAACUCAGCAGGCUUUUAAGCCUUUGCUUCCUUCCUGAUACCUUUGUUUUUUGUUCUUUUUAGAGCCGCACAUGCGGCACAUGGACGUUCCCAGGCUAGGGGUCGAAUCGGAGCUGUAGCCACA